AUGGCUGUAUGCUACAUGGUCGUUACCCCGAAUCCGUUCACAAUGCCCACAAUUGGCAGCUACUUUGUGAAGUUCGGCGACGGACCAUCCGCUCAAGCAUAUCAUAGAUGCAACCCAAGCCAUGCAUACACUGAAAACCACCUCGCCCCAGCACAGUAUCUUGACGUCCAGACAUACGAUUACAACCUCGAGUCCAGACAACCUGGGAAAUGGCUGGAAUGGGUCCAUAUUAAGGUUACCGGUGGAAUGGAAGUGUACCAGCGAACAGAGUGGCACGAGCUGGAGGUGAAAUUGGAAGAAGAUGCCGAGCAACUGAGGGAUAUCCUGUGUAGGAUGCUGGACCUGUUUCCGUAUUGGAAUCGGUGGGAGGAGUACGCUGAGUCGGAUGAUGCGACGGCUGAGUUUGAAAAUCUGGUGGAUGGCACUUGGUCGUUUAAUCAUGAUGAGGCGCUUGCUCGGUUUGUGAGCUGA